AUGAUUCUAAAUCAGAAAAAGCUGCAAUUCCUGGGAGUCUGUGGAAUUUUCAGAGAAACCUUCAGAUUAAUCUUCACAGCUACAACAAUCUUCUCUCAAAUCACUCUCGCUUUCAUUCUCCCUCUUUCUCUCCUAAUCUUCGCCCUCUCUCAGACUUCUAAUCUAUGGAGUAUCCAUUCUUUGCCCUUCAAUUUCACUCUCUUCUUCUUCUCCGCCGUCUUCUUCUUCCUCUCCACUUCGACCGCCGUCUUCUCCGCUGCCUCCACUUUCACCGACCGCGAAAUUACGUUCUACCACUUGAUCCUCAUCGCGCCUAAAGUCUGUAAGCAACUUCUCAUCACAUUCCUCUGUUUAAUCGUCGAUUUCCUCGCCUUCAAUUUCUUCGCUCUUUUGGCAAUUACGCUGAUCGACAUCGCAAUUUUUCUCCUUCUCAACUACGGAUCGGUCGAAUUCCUCACUCAGUUGCUGAUUCUGUUUCUUUCUGUUGAGGCGUUCUAUUUUGCCCUAAUUUGGCAAAUCUCGAGCGUUGUCUCUGUUCUCGAAGCGGAUUCGUAUGGAUUCGAGGCGAUUGCUAGAAGUAAGGAAGUGGUGAAGGGGAAAAUGGCGAUGGCUUCGAUUCUUCUGAUUCUGAUUGGUUUCCCUUUCGGAGGGAUUGUGUUUGUGCUUCGUUACGUGGUUGUUGUUGAAUCGGAGUUGGUGAGAGUGGGAAUUUUGGGGAUUAUUUGGAUGUAUUCGUUUAUGAUGUUCUUGUUGAGUGGUACUGUGUUGUAUUUUGUGUGCAAAUUGUUUCACGGCGAGAGCUUCGACGAAUCGGCUCUUUCUGAUCAUCUUCAAGGUUAUUUGCCGAUUCACUCUGAAUCGUUCAAGGUUGAAGACGAUGAUGAAGAUGAGAAAUCCCUUGUAGUCUAA